AUGCAGCGAGCUUUUGAUAACCAAGAAAAUCCUCUUAUACUAUAAAUUUUUAAAGAUCAUAUUCUUUCUACUAGCAAUUGGCUUCAUCCAAAUUAUGGUUACCUUUAAUAAUUAGAUGAAAUAUCACUGCAACAAAUAGAAAACUCUAGUCAUUAAGAUUUUUUGUUGAAAGCCAUAAAAUACGACUAACAGAAUAAAGACAUUAGAUGGUUAUAAAUAUAGAAUAUGUAUUUUGGAUUUACUCAUGAUGGUAUGCUUUUUGUUUUUGGUUAUAAUUCUACUAUGAGAGAAUAUGCAAUCCCUCCAAAUUGCCCAUAUAAUUCUUUACCGUAUAGGUUUGAUGUUAGAUGUAGAUUUUAUUAUUAACCAACAGUUGAUUCUUAUUCGAUAACAGUUUUCCCUCCUUAGCUAAAUUUUAUUGGCAAUGGAUUAAACUAUUUUGCAACAAAUUUUUGUUAAAGGAUAUUAAAAUAUGCAAAAUAAGAUCCUAAUUCAGAUAGCUCUGUAUUUGCUUUAAUUUGCACAACUCUAAAUUUGAAAUCUAUUUCUAACUAUUUUAUUAACUUUAGCUAAAAUUCUUUACAAUAGAUGCUUUUAGAUCCAAGACAACUUUCAUUAGUAUAUGAUUCUAAAUAAUAAAUUUAGUCAGUUACAUAUAUUUAAGACGUUGAAACUAAAUACCUACAAGACUAAAAUUAAACUAAAAUCUUUUUAGACAACAUCAAAUAAAAUUCAGAUUUAAUUAUUUCUAAAACAGAUAGUAUAGAUCUAUCUAAUCCUUAUAAAAAUGACUAAAAAACAUUUGAAUACAGCAGAAAUGGUACAGAGUGUUUAGUUAUCCUUAAUAGGAUAACAUUAAUUGAUAAAAUAUCAAAGGAUCAAACUCUAAAAUCUGUUAACCCAGCAAAAAAAUACGAAAUUAAAAAUAUUUAUUUAUUUUUGGAUAUCCUAUCAAAAUAAUAAAUGUAAGUCUAUGCAAAAAAUCUUGAAUUGAAUCUCACAUAUUAUAAUAAAAUAUUUUUAUACAUCAGUUGGUCAUUAGCAAUUCUUGUUCUGAUUGUAUAGGCAGUUUACUCUAUAUAAAUAGGAUUUAGCAUAUUAUAUCCUGUCAACCAUCUAAAGAAUAUUCUUAAUCAAAUUAAAAUUCUAAACUAAAAAUAAGACCAAAUAAAUAAAAGCUUAAGAACCUAAAAUUAAACUUCACAGAUAAGUUAUGAAACAGAAUAUAAUAAUGAUAUUUUAAUUGAAGAUUAAAUUGAUGAGGAUUUAGAAGGAUAUUGCUUUUCAAGUGAAACAUAAGAUCUUUUGAGCAGUUUUCAAAAUGUUUUUUAAAUAUUAAGAUUUACAACUUCAAGUUUCUUUUCAAAUAAUUAAAGCUUAUCUUUACUAAACUUAAAUAAAUGCAUUGACCAUUUUAGAUAAUUUGGGAAUUUUCGAGCUUUAGGUGUUUGUUAUAACAAUAUCGGGGUAAUUCAUUUCAAUUAAGAAAGAUACUAAGAAGCUUUAGAAAGCUUUGGAAAUUCAAUAAUUUAUUGCAAAUAUGAACUCUAAGUAUACUCUCAUUUAGAUAUUGACCAAAAUUUAAAUGAAUAGUUGUAGAAUUUUAAAGAACAAUUCAAGAAUUUUUUCUUUUAUAGCUUAAAUGAAGUGGAUAAGGAUUUCAAUAUCAGUGAUAUUACUCAGUUUGUAGAAAAUUACAAAUAUCAACAUAAAAUAAAUUAUUGCCUUCAUGAUGCUGAAUAGCUGUUUGAAUAAUUAUUUAAUAGAAAUCUUAAUUAUCAAACUUCUCUAAUAUUUUAUUUAAAAAAGUAAAAUUACUUUAUGUGGGAUGCAUUUGAAGAUAUUGUAAUUGAAAAUAUCUCAAUAAGUUAACUUUAUUUAUCCUCUUCAUUUAAAAGAGAAAUUACUAGUUACUGUAAUCUAUUAGUAAGAGAUUUUCAUUACUAAAUGCGUGAGUAAACAAAUAAAUUACUAAAUAUUUUAAUGUAGUAUUAUGUUAAUAUUCAUACUAACAACUUGAAUAUUAAUGUAAACGAAUGCUAAUCGUUGACAAAAAACCAAACACUUGAUACUUAAGAUAAGAUUUUUUUUGAAAAUUUAAUUACUAAAGGUAAAAUUUAAAUUGUAAAGACUAGUAGCAAAUAACAGGAUUAGAUAAUUCUUACCAGUCCUAUAAAAGCUAGAAAAUCCGAUAGAAAUACUAAUUUCUUUUAGAGUUAACUUGAAUAAACUGAAAAAUUAAUAAAUUUUUAAUCAAUAAAUGAUUAAUUAAGUUUUAAUUUCAUUAGACAAAAUUCUCAAUUCAGUAUGACAAACAAAGAAAAUAAUAAAUCAAGAUCACAAAGUAACUAAAAGAGACAAUCAAAAAGUAAUUAAAACAAUUACAGUAUUUUUUUAAACUAAAAAUUGAAACAGUCCUAAUAAGGAAGUAACUUUUCAAAUCAAUUCCUCUUAAAAAAAGAAAAUACUCCAACAAAUUCGAACUCCUUUAAUUUAAAGAGCAAUCAUUAUCAAAAUAAAGCUAAAGUCGCUUUAAAGGAUUCUGAACAUGAAGAUAAAUUAGAAAACAGUCAGUACCUUUUCAACACUGCUAUUAAAAAUCAAGUUUAUAGUAAAAAAAUAAAUAAUUUUAUAAAUACAUAGUAAUAUCUCAUUCAAUCAUAACAAAAAUUAAAAAUAUCCUUCCAUCAAGUAAGAAAAGAGUUCAAAGCAAAUAAAAAAAAUAUUUUUGAUUUUAGCUCUGAUAUUUAUUUUCAAUAUUGCACAUUACAAUAAGCAUAGUAUUAACUUAUAUAAAAGAAUUAUUACACCGCAGCAUUAAUCUUAGUUAAGUCUUUAGAAGAGUGUAUGUAUUACCUACCUUAUUUGAAAAAAAUGCAAAUUAACUUUCUUUCAUAGAUAGCUCAAAUUAACAAUAUCAAAAACUAAGAAUUGCAAGAGGUCAAAGACAAAUAUGAUAACCUAACUAAAGCUUACUUGAACAUUCAAUUAGUUACCACUUGUUAUAAUUAUUAAUUUAAAAAAAAGAUAUGCACUAUGUGUUAUGAUAUUGUUAAUUAGAUCCUAUUCAAAGAUUAUGACACAUUUGCUGUAUUAGAUUUUAACUUUGAAGAAUAAAUAUUCGUUUAGUAUAUUGGAGUCACUUCGAUUAAAACUAUCUAAUCAAACUUUUCAUUAUUCUCAGAAAUUUUUUUAAGAUAUCUCUCAAAUAAAAUAAACCAAGAACAAAAAACAUAAGCAGCUUACAUAUAAAAAGAAACAGCUGAAGAAGAGUAAAACCUUUCAAUAAUUGAGUCACCUAAAAGUUAUUAAAAAUAAAAUAAAAAUGAAAUUAAUGAUUAAAUAGAAAUAAAAAAACAAAACACAUUAAAUAAAAAAAUGACAGAUAAUUAAAAUCUAAAGAAUUCAGACAAAAAAUAAAGUUUAACUCAACAAAAUUAAAAACAAAAGCUUAAAAAUGAAGAAUCUUUAAAUAAUUAAGAUAAAUAUUGUAAUUUAUCGAAUAAUUUAUCAGAAUAAUCUAUAAUUUCUCUUUUUAAUUCUGAUGAAGUAAAUAAAAUGUCUUCACUUAACAGCUAGGAGAAUCAAUUACAUCAUAUUUAAAAUGAUAAGCAAAAUCAAAUUCAAUAUUAGAUAAAUAAUGAAUAAAAUUAAUUACUAAACUUUAAUAAUAAUAGCAAUAAAAGUAAAGAAAUUGAUUAGCAUACUGAAUAUUAAUUUAAAUAGUUCCUUAAUUAAAGUAAUUAAUUCCAAAGUCUAUCUUAAAAGAAUUCUUUAUUAUCCAAUAAAAAGGAUAAAACUAUUUAAAAUUCAUAUAAUGGAAUAAAAAAUUUCUUUGAAAAUUAUGAUUAAGAUUGUGCAAAAAGCUAGGAUGAAAUGUAAAAAAAUGAUAUUAAUCAAACAAAUGUCUUUUAAAGCUAAAAUGAAAAAUUAUCUUCCUUCAUGGCUUAAUAUAAAUUUAGACAUAAGAACAUGUUAGAAAUAAUUACUAAACAAUGA